ACGUCACGACGCUGCGGUCGAGGCGUAAAUUUCCUGUUGCCACUGUUUUGUGAAGGAGCAGAAGAGGAGGUCUGGAUGGCUGGCUGUGGUGAAAUCAACCAUACAGUAAACAUGCUUCCCACUAAUCUGAAGGUAAAUGAGGCAUGUUCAAGCACAACGCCUGCUCUGACUGUGCCAGAAUGUGCCAUAUGCUUACAAACAUGUGUUCACCCGGUCAGACUGCCUUGUAGACACAUCUUUUGCUAUCUUUGCGUGAAAGGAGCUUCGUGGCAAAGCAAACGGUGUGCCCUGUGUCGGCAAGAAAUCCCAGAAGACUUUCUUGACAAGCCCACGCUGCUGUCCCCAGAGGACCUGAAAGCCGCGGGCAGAGGCAAUGGAGAGAACGCGUGGUACUAUGAAGGCAGGAAUGGCUGGUGGCAGUAUGACGAGCGCACUAGUAGAGAGCUGGAAGACGCUUUUUCAAAGGGUAAAAAGACUACAGAGAUGCUCAUUGCAGGAUUUCUGUAUGUGGCAGACCUGGAGAACAUGGUUCAGUACAGAAGGAACGAACACGGUCGGCGAAGGAAAAUCAAACGAGACAUUGUAGAUAUUCCCAAGAAAGGUGUAGCCGGACUUCGGUUGGACACAGACUCCAACUCUGUAACGGUGGCUCGUGAAAAUUCAGCAGAUGGGGCUGAUACCACAGCAGUACGGGGGGCUGCAGCUACGUCGACUCGAGUUGCCACUUCCGCAAGACCACCAACGUCUUUAGGGGGCCAGCUGACAAGUCCUUCAACCCCUUCCCCCGAUGCCAGUAGCAGCUUGGAAAACUCCUUAGCCCAAUUACAGAUCGGUAAUCAAAGUGCGACUGACAGAGGGCGCAAUGGGGAGGGAGAGGAGGUAGAAGAUGAAGGAGCUCGGUCUCGUGGCUCUUCUGCUCCAAACACAUCGGUUGAUGAGUCAUGGUCAGAAAUCAGCAGUGAGGUAGAGGAGGAAGAGGGGGAAGUUGAGCAGGAGCAGGAGCAGGAGCAGGAGGAGGAGGAGGAGGUAGAGGUAGGUGUAGAUGUAGAUGAAGGUGAAGUGACUAGUGAUCAGGCUCAAUAUGUUUUGCAUACUAGACAAAGACUGCUUCAUCAUGAUAGGCCUAGGGAGAGCCAUGCUGAUAGACCAUAUCUGGGGGGUGAGCCUGGCAGCAGCAGUGUGAGAUCUAGGAGGCCUGAUGGACAGUGCACUGUAACUGACGUUUAAACUAUUGUCAAUUGCUUUAAAAAAAAAAACAACGUACUGGAACAGUUGCUGUGAUUCUCGGCCAAUAUUGCACUCCUACUAGAAUGUUUCUAAUAACAUUUUUAGGGAAAUCUGAAGGGCACUCCCUUAAUUUAAAUAAAUAAAUAAAUAAA